AUGAAUCAUGAAGACGACACUAGGUCCCUGUGCGGAUUAAGUGACACCCCUCAUUUCAACCGUGUUUAUUAUUUGUGCUUCACUCAAUCUUCCGAUGGUGACUUUUCCAUUUUUGCUUAUUUCCUUUCUUUCUUUCUUUCUUUCUUUCUUUCUUUCUUUCUUUCUUUAGAAGCACCUUCUCAUUGUCAGGAACAAUGUUAUAAAACAAUCUGCCCACUUCAUUUUUGUCGGAUUUGUUUAUUCUCUUUCUUUUCCUCUUCUUUGACUCCUCCUUUCUCCCCUGAUGGUUUUCAGGCUCGAUUUUUCAACCCAAUCUCCCGUUUGUUAUUAUUUCCUUUCUUUACACAUUUAACUUCCUGCAUUUUCCCGUUUUUUUCUUUUUUGUCUUUCGAUGUAAAAACUUUGAUUUUUAUUUUCUACUUCGUCUCUCUCUCUCCCUUUCUCUUUUAUAAUCAGUUCCUUAUGAUUCCAUCUUUUUCUGCUUACAGACCACAUAUAAAGAGAUGUCGAUAUCGUCCAUUAUCAAGAACUUUCAUUCAGUUUUCGUGGAUAUCUCGCCUUAUUCGACUGUAUCUAUCUUUUUUCUAUCUAUCUAUCUAUCUAUCUAUCUAUCUAUCUAUCUAUCUAUCUAUCUAUCUAUCUAUCUAUGUUCCACCCUCAAAUCUAUCUAUCUAUCUAUCUAUCUAUCUAUCUAUCUAUCUAUCUAUCUAUGUGUAUAUGGAUAUGAUCCACCCUCAAAUCUAUCUAUCUAUCUAUCUAUCUAUCUAUCUAUCUAUCUAUCUAUGUUGA